AUGACUUGCAACACCUACCUCAGCCUCAACUUGCAACAUCUACCCCAGCCUCGAAAGAUGGUUUGCAACUUCUGCAACGAGGAAGGCCAUCUGGCUCGACGAAAGAAUACUUACAACAUCUGCAACAACGCCAUCUGGCUCGAGAUUGUCCUCAGCCUUGAAAGAGAAUUUGCAAUAUCUGGAACUAGGAAGACCAUCUUCAAUGAAGAAGACCAUCUGCAACGAAGAAGACCAUCUGCAACGAAGAAGACCAUCUGCAACGAAGAAGACCAUCUAGCUCGAGACCGUCCCCACUGCUCCCAUGAAAUGGGCGGCCCUUACUCCCAAUAUCAACUUCUGGACCAUGAUCCGCGUCUCGACGAACAAGGACACAGCACUGCACUGGAAGAGGUCGGCCAAGAGGAUCUUGAUGCACUAGACUGCAUCUUCUUCGACGAGGAUGCUACACCUGCCAUGGACAACAUCUACACACCAACGAGGAACACCAUCUGGCUCGCCUGCGAACGAUGUCCACUAUUCUACGCUUGUUAG